AUGAUCUUUGAAGGGCACACUGAACGCAUUCAGCAGCUCGGAGUCCGAUGCACUGUCUGGUCGCACAUGGAAACCAUCUUGGCGCAGCUAUUCCAAACCGCAGCUAUCCCAAACAAUACCCCUCUUCCUAUAGAACGCGUUGUUCCUUUUUUUUCACGCAGCGCCAGAUUUUACGAACAGCAUCCCCAUAUGGUAUUCCCCGCCUUGAAAGCGCUUCUCCCUGACCAGGUACCAAUACACCUUCCUUCGUUUGCCUCAAACGGAGUGGUCGUUCUGUCACUUAAGAACAUACCCCCACCCGACUCAGACCGUUCCAUACAUCAUAUCCUGCUCGCCAACCAACAAACGCUUCGCUGUUCGGAACUUUAUUCCGACUGCUCCCCGGGUAGUUCUGACAUAAAAGCCUUCACCCUUUUUCAUGCGCACAACUUAUCUGUCGGUUUUGUCGAACCCCUUACGGUCAUCCCCGUCAUCGAAACGCUAAAUCUACGGAGCCUUAGGCGCCUACCCGAGGAUUGUUGGAACAGAUUGGAGGUGUUUGGGGCCAAGUUCUAUGGACAUCGGGUUUUUAUAUACGAGUCAAUGAUGAACCAUUGGCCCUUGGAUCAAGUAGCGGAUUUGAAGCUGUCGCAUGCAAUCUUUUACGAGACAGAGCAGAACGCCAUCUCUCUUCUCACAUCUCUUCUCACUCUUAGCCAAAUGGGAAUUAUGGAUUGGGAAAUGCAGGGAAUACCCACCUUCAUCGUUCCUGGGCUCAGUUCUCGUCGUUGA